GACCGUUGCUACUUGGUCCCCUUGGGCUCCACAAUGGUUGAUUUUCUAGCUGAAAAUAAUCUGUGUGGCCAGGCCAUUCUUAGGAUUGUCUCCUGUGGAAAUGCCAUCAUUGCGGAACUUUUAAGACUUUCGGAAUUUAUCCCUGGUGUUUUCAGGCUAAAGGACAAGGCCGAUCAACAGAAGUAUGGAGAUAUCAUAUUUGAUUUCAGUUAUUUUAAGGGGCCUGAGAUAUGUGAAGGCAAACUGGAAGCCAAACCUGAAUUGCUGGAUUUAGAUGAAGAAUUUCGUGAAAACAACAUUGAAAUUUUGACAAGAUUUUAUCUAGCUUUUCAGAGUGUUCAUAAAUACAUUGUAGAUUUAAACAGAUAUUUAGAUGACCUCAAUGAAGGCAUUUACAUUCAGCAAACAUUAGAAACUGUCCUCCUUAAUGAAGAUGGAAAACAGCUUCUAUGUGAAGCCCUCUAUCUGUAUGGAGUCAUGCUGUUGGUCAUUGACCAGAAGAUUGAAGGAGAGGUCAGAGAAAGAAUGUUGGUUUCCUACUACAGAUACAGAUGGCACUCUGUACCUGUGCUGCUGGCUUUCCAGUGUGUUUCUGCAUAUCCCUUACCAGAACACCGCAGCACUGCCCUGGCCACUCAGGCUGCUAUGCUCUAUGUCAUACUCUAUUUUGACCCUUCUAUUCUUCACACUCAGCAAGCAAAAAUGAGAGAGAUAGUGGAUAAAUACUUUCCAGAUAAUUGGGUUAUUAGUAUUUACAUGGGAAUUGCUGUAAAUUUAGCAGAAGCAUGGGAGCCCUACAAAGCUGCCAAAACUGCACUCAACUACACACUAGAUCUUUCAAAUGUGAAAGAGCAGGCCAGCAGAUAUGCCGUAGUCACCGAGCGAGUGCACACUCAAGUGCAGCAGUUCCUCAAAGAGGGGUGCCUAAGGGAAGAGCUGGUACUGGACAACAUUCCCAAGCUGCUGAAUUGCCUGCGAGACUGCAACGUGGCGAUCCGCUGGCUGAUGCUCCACACUGCAGACACAGCUUGUGACCCAAAUAACAAACGUCUCCGCCAGAUAAAGGAGCAAAUUCUAACAGAUUCAAGGUAUAAUCCCAAGAUCCUUUUCCAGCUGCUACUGGACACAGCUCAGUUUGAAUUCAUUUUAAAAGAGAUGUUCAAGCAGAUGCUGUCAGAAAAACAAACGAAAUGGGAAAACUAUAAAAAAGAAGGGUCUGAAAGGAUGACUGAGCUUGCUGAUGUCUUCUCAGGAGUUAAGCCUCUUACCAGAGUGGAGAAAAAUGAAAAUCUUCAGGCUUGGUUCAGAGAAAUCUCCAAGCAAAUAAUGUCCCUAAACUACGAUGAUUCCACUGCAGCAGGGAGAAAAACUGUGCAGCUAAUACAGGCACUGGAAGAGGUGCAGGAAUUUCACCAGCUGGAAUCUAACCUUCAGGUUUGCCAAUUUUUGGCUGACACGCGCAAAUUUCUUCAUCAGAUGAUCCGAACUAUCAACAUUAAAGAAGAAGUCUUGAUCACCAUGCAGAUAGUUGGUGAUUUGUCUUAUGCUUGGCAAUUAAUUGACAGCUUUACAUCUAUUAUGCAGGAAAGCAUAAGAGUCAAUCCAUCUAUGGUAACUAAACUCAGAGCCACCUUUCUAAAGCUUGCUUCUGCUCUUGACUUGCCACUUCUCCGUAUCAACCAAGCAAACAGCCCUGACCUUCUCAGCGUGUCACAGUACUAUUCUGGCGAGUUGGUUUCCUAUGUAAGAAAGGUCCUGCAGAUAAUUCCAGAGAGCAUGUUUACCUCUCUUCUCAAAAUUAUAAAGCUUCAGACUCACGAUAUUAUUGAAGUGCCUACUCGCCUUGAUAAGGACAAGCUACGAGAUUAUGCUCAGCUUGGACCACGAUAUGAGGUGGCCAAGCUAACCCACGCAAUUUCAAUUUUCACUGAAGGUAUCCUCAUGAUGAAAACUACUUUAGUUGGUAUCAUCAAGGUGGAUCCAAAACAAUUACUGGAGGAUGGAAUAAGGAAGGAGCUAGUAAAACGAGUAGCUCUAGCUCUUCACAGGGGACUUAUCUUUAAUCCCAGAGCCAAGCCAAGUGAACUGAUGCCCAAAUUGAAAGAAAUGGCAGCUACAAUGGACGGAUUCCACCGAUCAUUUGAAUAUAUCCAGGAUUAUGUCAACAUAUAUGGUUUAAAAAUUUGGCAAGAAGAAGUUUCUCGUAUUAUUAACUACAAUGUCGAACAGGAGUGCAAUAACUUCCUAAGAACAAAGAUUCAAGACUGGCAAAGCAUAUACCAGUCUACUCAUAUUCCUAUACCAAAAUUCACACCUGUGGAUGAAUCUGUAACAUUUAUUGGUCGGCUUUGUAGAGAAAUCCUGAGGAUCACAGAUCCAAAAUUCACAUGUUACAUUGACCAAAUGAACACCUGGUAUGAUACCAAAACACAUCAGGAGGUAACCAGCAGUCGUCUCUUCUCAGAGAUCCAAGAUACUUUAGGUACCUUUGGUCUCAAUGGUCUAGACAGGCUGCUCUGCUUCAUGAUUGUGAAGGAGCUGCAGAAUUUCCUCAGCAUGUUUCAGAAAAAUAUAUUACGAGACAGGACAGUACAGGAUACCUUAAAAGCUCUUAUGAAUGCUGUCAGUCCUCUCAAAGGAAUUAUAGCAAAUUCAAACAAAGUUUAUUCUACAGCAAUUGCAAAGACUCAGAAGGUAUGGACAGCCUAUUUAGACUCCAUAAUGAAGGUUGGUCAGAUGCAGCUUUUAAGACGGCAGAUUACCAAUGAAUUGAACUAUUCCUGCAGGUUUGACUCCAAACACUUGGCUGCUGCUUUGGAAAAUCUCAAUAAAGCAAUAUUAGCUGACAUCGAAGCACAUUACCAGAAUCCAUCACUGCCUUAUCCUAAAGAAGACAACACUCUUCUUUAUGAGAUCACAGCCUAUUUGGAAGCAGCUGGCAUUCACAAUCCACUCAAUAAGAUCUACAUAACAACAAAACGGCUCCCGUAUUUUCCCACCGUCAACUUCCUAUUUCUGAUUUCCCAGUUUCCCAAACUUCAGUACAACAAAAAUUUAGGAGUGGUGUGCAAACGGCCAGCUGAUCAGAUUGACUGGCUUCCUUUAGUUCUUGGGCUCCUUACCCUCCUGAAACAGUUUCACUCCAGAUACACAGAGCAGUUUCUGGCUCUGAUCGGUCAGUUUAUUCGCUCAGCAAUGGAGCAGUGCACAAGCCAGAAGAUACCAGAGAUGCCUGCUGAUGUGGUGGCUGCCCUGAUGUUCCUGGAAGACUAUAUUCGCUAUACAAAGUUGCCAAGAAAGGUUGUUGAAGCACAUGUGCCUAGUUUCAUUUUUGAUGAAUUCAGAACUGUUCUGUGAGUACAGAAAAGGGCCAAGUUUCUCCUCCAAGCCCAAAUCAGAGAAGUGGGGACAGAA